UCCCCACACCCUCCACUUCCUGUAAACAAAGCUCGUCUCUUUAACUCGCUGUUUGUGUUCACAAAAUGGCUCAAGCUGGACUCUUCCUCGACCAAGACCAAUUCAACUGUUCCAUAUGUCUGGAUGUGCUGAGGGAUCCCGUGACCAUCCCGUGUGGUCAUAGCUACUGUUCGGUCUGUAUUAAAGGCUACUGGGACCAGGACGAUUUUCUGGGUUUUUACUGCUGUCCGCAGUGCCGCCAGAGCUUCAACCCGAGGCCUCUCCUGGGCAGAAACACCAUGCUAUCCGAGGUGGUGGACAAGUUCAAGAAGACAGGACUUCAAGCUGCUCCCCCGGAACAGUGCUACGCCGGACCGGAGGACGUGGAAUGUGACGUGUGCACCGGGAGGAAGAACCGAGCCGUUAAAUCCUGUCUGGUGUGUCUGGCCUCUUACUGCGACACCCACCUCCUGCCUCACUACGAAUCCGCUCCGUUUAAGAAACACAAGUUGGUCCAGGCCUCCAAGAAACUACAGGAGACGAUCUGUCCGCACCACGACAAGCUGCUGGAGGUGUACUGUCGGACCGACCAACACUGUAUUUGUUACCUGUGUAUGACGGCGGAGCAUAAGGGCCAUGACACGGUGCUGGUGGAGACUGAGAUCCAGCAACAACAGAGCCAGCUGGGGGAGCUGAAGAGGAGGUCUCAGCAGAGGAUCCAGGAGAGGGAGAAGGACGUGCAGGAGCUGAGACAGGCCAUCAGCUCUCUAACUCGUUCAGCGCGGUCGGCCGUGGGGGACACUGAGAGGGUGUUUACAGAGCUCAUCCGCUCCAUGGAGCUGAAGAGGUUUGAGGUGAGGGAGUUGAUCAAAGCCCAGGAGAAGACUGCUGUCAGCCAAGCUGAAGGACUGCUGGCCAAACUGGAGCAGGAGAUGUCUGAGUUGAGGAGGAGAGAUGCUGAGUUGGAGCAGCUUUCACACACUGAGGACCACAUCUUCUUCCUACAGAGCUGUCAGUCUCUGAGCUCCUCUCCUGUGAUUGGAGGCCUGCCAGCUGUGACCUUCGACCCCAACUUCACCUUUAACAUGGUGAUGUCAUCGGUAGCUGACUUCAGAGGGCUCCUGGAGGAGGUGUGUCAAGGGAGCUUCAUCAGCAUCUACGAGAAAGUGAGAGAGGUGUCUAUAGUAGAGUCACCAGAACCCCCCAGCUGUUUCCGGACUGAUCCAACAGCAUUGGUGGCUCCUCCGCCAGCUCUGGCUGCAGUAGAGCAGAUCUCCAGUGAGGAGGAUCUCAACCCGUUCCUCAGCCCGGGAGCUGCAGUCCCCACAUUCGGGGGCUUCGCGUUCUCACCCUUCGGAUCCAAGCUCUCCUCCUCCUCCAACGGCUCCAGACAGAGGAUGAUGCAGCGGAAGUCACGCAGGAAGCUGUAACUCAGGCAGAGAGAGCGGUUUUGCUGAAGAGAGGGAGAGGGGAUGCCCAAGCAGAGGUUGUGACUGUGGGAAGACCGGUUGGAGAGAACCAGACGGGACCUCUCUCUUGUCAGACAAUGUAUUCACCUGAUGAAUCAGUACCUGUUGCUUUCAACAGUGAUACAGUAUCACUUUUUAAAGACAUGAUUUACAAUUAUGUAUUUUUUUUCCCAGACAUAUUUAAUUAUAAUAAAUCAGUCUGUAAUGAAUGCUUUUAAAAGACACGAUGAAAUAAAUACACAGAUCUGCUUUUAAA